AUGUCUUUGAAAUUCGGUUUAUUCCUCCUAUUCGCCUUCUUUUCUCUAGCCGGUGGCUCGGAACCGCUUGGAUGCCUGUAUUGUGCGACUCCAUCUGUCCGCGGGAUUCAGACUGGCGUUCGCAAACGAGACCCUAUGCCCGACGAUUUGCUUUGGCGCCUGAUGCCGACCGAAUCCUGGGGAGAUCCUAUCUUUGCGGACGACUGUGGCAACCUCGGGUCCGAGCGGAAAUCAAAAUACGGUCAGCGCUGUGCGGUCCUUCACCUCGAGUAUGAAGACGGAAGAGUGAUGCACCUCAAAGGAAGUACCAGUACCAAGCAAGAGGGCUAUUUCAAUUAUACCAAGGAGGACGGCGCGAACGGCUGGGCAUACGUUUGCAGCUACCGCAGUUAUUGCAACAUGAGGGACGUUGGUAUGCUGAAAGCGCAAGUAGAGGCAGCCGAGCAGCUCAAAGCGCAACAAGCCGAGAAGCAGCGCAAAGCCGAAGAAGCCGAGAAGCAGAAGAAUUCUUACCCGAAUACCUUCGCCUUCCCCAUUAUCGUGUCGCUCAUCGCCAAUUACUUU